AUGUCAGAGAACAUCAAACUGGAGAAGGUAGGCGCGAGGACUGAGCCAUGCUUUACACCAUUGGCCAUUGCAAAUGCCUCUGAUAUGACUUCAUUAUCCGUGACGCUUGCUUUCAACCAUCGUGGAGCUGACGCAAUAUCUGAGUGAAUCGCUUGGUGAAGCCGAAUUUCUACAUGAUUUUUCACAGUCCUCCGCCAUUCACCGUGUCGAAGGCUUUCGACAAAUUCAUGAAGGUAGAAUAGAUAUGGAUCUGCACCUCAUGACACUCUUCCUGCCGAUGGCGGGCCGCAAAGAUCACUUCCGCGGUCCCACGAUGAUGGUGGAAACCAUACUGGCUUCGCGGCAGUAGACCCUAUUCCGGAUGAUUGUGCAGACGGUUGAGAAUAAUACGGGCGAAGGUCUUUCCGAUGAUGUUAAGCAGGGAGAUGACGCUGUGGUUAUCGCACAUUAGGCGGUUCAUUUUCCACUUGCAGAGGUGAACGAUUGUGGCAUACUGGAAAUCCUGUGAGACGCCUCCUUAACACCGCAGCUCCUGUAAGAACGUCGUCAAAUGUUCCAUAAGUUGGGGGCCACCGUGCUUGUAGAUCUCAGCAGGGAUCGCGUCAGAUCCGGACACUUCCCCUCUGGAGAGCUGCUGCACGGCCUUGAUGGUUUCGUGCAGAUAGAGGCAGAAGGUUGAAUUUGACGUUGGCUUCCAUUUGAGGCAGACGGACGAUGGCGGCGUCGGAGAUAGUGGAAGGACAGUUGAGGAGGCCUUUGAAGUGCACGGCGCAUGGCUUCAGAAUUAACGUCUUCUCGGUGAGUAAGGUGGCUCUAUUAGCACUGAGGAGAGGAGCAGUCACUUUAACUGUGAAACCGCAGACAGCCUUGAUCGCGGGCGAAGACGUUCCUCUAUUCAUUACGGUCCGUGUACGCUCGAGUCUUCUCAGUCUUGCGAGCCAUCCAGGCCUCAGGCAUCUCCCGCAACCGUCGCUGCACAAGGCGGCGACCACAGUAGAAAACUGCUAUAUUGUCAUCGGUGAGGCGGUUACCGUAGAAUUUGUGCAGACUGUUCUUCUCAGCGGGUAGGUUGCUGAUGGCGUCUUCGUUGUCGUCGCAACAGUUCUGAUAUUGACGGCGUGCGCGACGGGCCACCAACUGAAUUACGUCUCUCACUUGACCCCAUCGGUUCUCCACGGAGGCAUUCACGUUGGCAACGUUGGACGCGAAGACUGGAAGUGUGGCUAAUCGUCGAUCUAGCGCAUUGCUGAAAUGGAGAUUGUGAGUAGGCAAAAGCAGCAAAGCAAUAUUCAGCUUAUUUAGGGACGCUUAAUUUGAGGUCUUCUGUAUAGUUUUAGGCGGAUCUUUGUCUAAGAGAGGCCGAAGAGAUGGUCGGCCAUCCGUCGACACCCGAGAUCGCCCUUGUCAUCAGCACGUUGUGAUGGCCUCACAUUUGAACGCGAACAUGGUCCAGUAGGCUCCAGUAUGGCGACCGAGGGUGUAUCCAGGUCGCCUUCUCCCGCGUCGGUCGACAAAAAAGAUGUUUGUUGGCACCCAAUUCCUCCAUUUGGCCUCAUUUGGAGACACGGGUCCCGUUGAGUGCAACAAUGUCCACCUUGUUGCGCACCAGUUCCCAAGCGACUAGCGGCGUUUUCAGUUCCGUCGGUUGCUCCAGGUAUUGUCUAAAAGAGAACAAACAUUCUACGCUGCCAGGGUGAACUGACUCACCGUAGCAGUCUUUGGGGUGGGGCAGAGAGGAGAAGGAGGGUGGAGAGAGAGAGAGAAACAGUUCCGUGUUUGGCUGUUUCGACCGUAUGUUUUGCAUUUGCGACCUACGGUCGGUAUUUGUCCUACGUGGCGGUCACUUACCCUGUGGCCUCCUGAGGGCUUGCAGACAAAGCCUCAUCUUGAAAAUGGCGAUGCGGUAAUACGUAGGACUUUUGAUCAUUGGGUAAGAGAAUAGACUAGAGUUGAAAUUAGGGGAGAGUGAAUGGCGGAAGAGAAGGGCAGAGAAUAGACACGAAGGAGCAGAAAGGCGCUGGCCUUCCGGCCACUGGGUCAGUGAUAUGAUGAGUGCUGAAUUUGCAAGGGUGAGCAGGCAAAGGCAAUCAAGCGGUAUUCAGCUUACCUGAGAGUUCACUUACCUUUUGACCUUCUGUGGGGUUGCAGACGGAGACUCAGCUCGGUGAUGACGUGUCAGUGAUCCGUUCGACCAACGGUGGUGGGAGGGGAAUCGAGUUGCCGUAUGUGGAGAUGCGCACACGGAUGUCCUCACUUGGUUUAACCCGUCCAUCGGGGCGGUUGCCGUGUGUAUAGCCGCUAGACGGAGUCUGGCUUCGGGAGCCACCUGUGAGAGUUAAAUACUAGUUUAUGGACGCUAGGCGUAGCCCACACAUGCUGGCAGCUGAGCGACCUACUACGACCGUCACAUGAACACGAAACUGGACAUCCUCCCACCCCUACACCAGCAGCUGGAAAGAAUUGGCAUAAGUAGUUGUACAGGAGUUUCAGAGGACCGCAGGGAGACACAGUGAGGCUAUUUUAAGCAACAGCAUGACGGCGUAGAUGACUUUUUCUGGUAUUAAACAACUUAAGGCCAAGUACGUCCAAAAAGGGAAUGUAAUGAUAAAUAAGUCUUUAGAGAUCUAAUUCCAUCAAGUCACGGCCCUGAAGUGAUAUGGGGCCAGGUCAUCGACAAAUAAACAAGUUGUUCCCUUACAGAUUGAACUCACAUGAAAGGGAGAUAAGCCUCAAACUCGUGCCUUUUCGGGGACUCGAGGUCGAUAAAAAUGCAGCGAAAGAACUGAUGGGAAUUUGCUCAGACAUUAAAGUCCUUAAUCAGAUUUGCUUAAUCGAGAAGGGUAACCUCUAACAACAAGUAAACGGUAAUUGAGUUUGCUUCGAGUUCAAAAAUUCGACUGGUCAAAUCUCAUGUUUUCUUUCACAUGGGUCACCAACCUCCUCUUUUUCAGUUUUAUGCGUUUUACAGCACAACCGUAGGACGUUCCCAACACUGCUAACCGCGGGUAACCUCCAGGGAGACAUCCAGAAAAUUGAGGAUGUAUCGUAGAUGGUAAUAUACAUAUUUUAAAUUCGGUAUCAAAAAUGAAGUAAAUGGGUAUUUGGGUGGCAAUGACGUCCAAGAAGUCGACUUAGAAAGAUAGGUACAGUAGUGUAUGUUGCUAUAUAAAAUAAACUAUUUAUGAUAAAGUUAAAAAAGAAAAAAAAAUUACAGACAUAUGUUUGGACGUCUUUGACUUCAUUAGCUGCAGUGGUCUAGUUUUCCGUGAACGACCCCGGAUAAUGGGGGAGUGCAGAUUACUCAAAAUGAAAAACAAGUAUUCUCAGUGAGAAUGAAAAUGAUUAAUUCAGUACGGUCGUUCUGACCGGGGACCUUGAAUUGAGGAUUUUUAUUGACCAUUGAACGCUGUAUCACAUACAAACCUACUGAUUGUAUUGCGGUUCUUUUUCACCGCAGGAAGGCCUACGUCUUUAAAGCUACACUUCUAGUCUUACUAAUCUCACUGGAAUUCGAGGUCUGUAAAAAGAGCAUUUGUGAGUUCUUUUUGUAUACUUUAAUAGUAUUUCCAUAAUUUGAGAGAAUCUUUUUAAUACUAGCAAUGUGCUAUUUCACGGACGCCUGGUGGUUUAAAAUCAUAACUGAUGUGAAGUCUUACUCUCCUUCGAUGCUUAGCCAUACCAUUGGCCAAUGUACAUACAUAGCUAAAAUACCGACGUGUGUAGUAUGUUCGAAUUACGAUCCUGUUUAUACUGACAGUUGAACUGGCAAUAGUGUUGAAGUGUAACAUAAACGUUAAGAGCAACGAAGUUGUCACUUGUGGCGCGAGAGUCUCGCCUAUGAUGGCGAUCGUGCACCCUCUUGUAUGCGCCCUUAUGGGCCUCCCCUAUUUGUUGUUGCUCGGACUGAUGACCGACCUUCAGAUUUUGAAAGACGAAUUUUCAGUAAACGGCAGCAAAAGCAUCUACAGACAGUUAGUUUAUGGAUUGACAAAUUUUGACGCCUACAAACGGCCGAUGUCAAUUGUAGAAAGUAACGUGCUGGGCUACCUCAGUGGUGAUCAAAGCCAAAAUAUCUUUCCUGUAAAGGUGGCCCUUCGGUCCCCCGCCUUCUGCAGUAGUUAUCAAGGGCGUAUGAAGUUCGUAAACACUUGCUACCCGUAAGUGUUUUAUCUGAGGGCGGCAGAGAACCACUAAGAUACUGGAACGUCGAUAAUGAAAGACAAGGACUCCCAGCGCUACAUGUUAUUGACAGUUGUCGUAAGGAAUUUGGGGCUGCUAACAUCUGCCGAUGCCCAUCAAUCUCAGAAAACUCAGAGUUCCUUUUUAUUGAAAUAAUGUGCGUAAUCCCACUUUUUGGAGAAGGCGUGCGCACGUUGGCCCGGCCUUACUGACGUGGUCUCGUUUGCGCGAGAACUGUUAAAAACUGGCGAGCGUACGUGGAGAUGGAGAUGACCAAACUCCCGGAAAAGUCUUGCCGAACUGAGUUAUAUUUCCUAGCGAUUACCGAAGUUUUAAGGAGUAGAUUUUUCGAUUACCUAUGGGCAAAGGGAUUCCAGGAAACAUAUAGCCCGUUUACCAGUUGUUCCCAAAAGUUUGUCAUCUUUUACGGGGUUGUGAACUCUUCACCCCAACAGGGGAAAUGGGGUUAGAAUUAGACAAGAUGGUAGGUUGAAGAGUUUUAGAGCAGCCUUAUAAGUUUCAUCCAGACAGCACGACACUGACAAUCACGAAUAGAUAAAAAUCGGUCCUCUAUUUGCACCUGAGGACCAAAGCAAUAUGAAUGAAAAAAUGGAAUUGAUACACUAAAACAUAAAUGUAAUAAGAGAAGAGAUAAAAAUCAACCACCGUGAGAGCGAAUGACACACUGAAAGUGUAGGUGAGCACACAAAGAAAACACCAUUAAAGCACAGUUAAGUAUGGUGGUUAGUAUAAAGGCAUGCAAGAACCAGGGGAAGUUAAAUGAGAAAAAUGGGACUGAGAGACGAAAAAAUAAACAUUCGGUAGACUUUGUACAGUUUUUUACGAUUUUCACAAUAGUCAAAAGAUAUAACAUGGUAGACAAGCGAUUAUUCAAAUUGGUAAUCAGGUAUGACAACGAUGACCUGUGUCGAAAAGUGAUCGCGCUUUGGCAAGGAGGAAAUUAUCAGUAGUAAGUAUUGUCAUGUUGCCUUAAAUCGUUCUUUGUCUCAUCGGACACUUUUAUGUCAAAUUUGUAUUUUUUUCCGAAAUAUUAUUGUAACCUUUGAAGUGAGUAUUUGUUUUAAUUAACCUCUUUUAGUUUUACAACAGGAACCAUUCCCUAUUUGUGGGUAUUGUGGCUGUGUUUAAAGGUUCGUGGUCCCUGUUGUUGACCACGUCCUGCGUAAAUGAAUGGUCAUAACUCAGGAGAAUCCCCACACAAGCACUGUCUCUUCAUGGUCUUCAUCCUUAAGCGGAUCAGACUAAAAAGUUCACUCCACUCCUUCAAAGAUUGGGUAGUGCCGGAGGAAGAUCUAUUGCGAUUCAAAUACGCCUUAUAGUAGGCGUUAACAUGUUAACGCAGGUGCGUUGCAAUGCACCUGCUGUAAAGGAGCACCCAUAUAUCGGUGUGCAUAUGUCCAUCUCGAUACUGAGGUUGCAGAUUAGAAACGGCAGGAACUGUGGUGAGGUGGACACGGUCGAAACACCGAUAUUCCAAAGUGUCCCUCCGACACAUAAUUUGGCAAAAUAGCGCUAUCCUAAGUUGGGGUUAAAGCUUAAGCUCUAUCAGCCUGGCCCAUAUUUACGGCGCCUCUUAUUCAUUAGUUUAAAAGUCAAUGCAUUAUCGUUGUAGUUUCCAGUCUUGUUUUCAUUAUUGUUUUUACCUUCGGACACUAUCCGAGUCCUGACCUACCUCUUUCUUCGCCGAGCUUUGCGUAAGCCCAAAAUAAUGCCGAUGCUAAUCAAGCGCGGCGUGUUGGUCGGCGCCGUGAUUAAAUGACUCACAAUUUGUAAUACAUUCAUAGCAUUCUUGGCAUCGUAAGAAUGCUAGCCACCCUUGCCGUUUCUCCAUUGCACGUAAGAGAUGCCUGUGUUUGUAUUUAGAUUCGAGUGCACCCGACUGCAGGCCAACUGUCUGUAGUUUUACGAAACGCCACUUCAGUGCACCUUUGCGUGGGCAGCCGCUCAAUCUCAGACGCUAUAAAUUAGUGAUUCGUUAGCACACUUGACCAACUUAUACACUGGCCAGCUGUUAAUCGGCUAUCAACUUGGCAUCUAAGUUGUCAUCUAGCCUACUACACGACAUAAGACAGCAAGUAAGCACACUAGUGGGUGCCUGACGAUUUUUCUUGCAUGCGCACUCCUCCGUGGGCAGCGUUCGUCUGGACUUACACCAACUUAGACCCCGAAGCUAUGACAGAAAACAAUGUUUUCUAUUUUAUAAAACGCUUGACAUUGUGUAGGGAAUUUGCGCGAUGACAGUCUCGGGGUGACCGUAUACAUGGGAAAGAAUCAAUAGACUAUAAACGCAGUGCGUUGUGACUUGGCUAUGCUCUCCGAUGGGACUCUUCCUUGGUGUUAUUUCCAGAUCCCAUUACCAGCCGGCACCGCCGUUGAAAGUAGUAGAAAGUUGCGCAUGUGAUUAUGCCCGGCCCAGAAAAGAUGCUGGCCUCGACGGUCUUUGAUGUUUGCAAGUAAAACUCUAGCCGAACAAUUGUCGCCGGACAUGGACCGCACUGGUUUUUGGUGCUCUAUACCCUCAGGUCUGCUAUGCUGUAAUCGGUACAAGUACAGAUUGUAUGUUUUAUGCAUGACGGUAGCAACCCUGCAAUCCAAGAUUGGCUGCAAAAUGUUUUUAUUAAAGAUGGCGAAACAAAGUUUGAUAUUCUGGAAGGUUGAUGUAUCACACAAAAUACUCACGUAUGCAACUGAGGCUGGUUAUUUGCCGUCCAUUUGUGGUGGCUCCUCUCCACAUUCUUGUCAUAUUCUCUGGCUAUCCACAGUCUACUCAAAUCCGAACUUUGUGUUUGAUCUCACACGCACCUUGGCCCGGUGAAGUUUACAAAGCUUCAUUAUGCGAAAGUGUCGCUUGUCACGAUCGUGAACAGUACGAGCUCGGUCAAAUCCAGUACAACACCACCACCGAAGUUUCGUAGGUAGACUACAUAAUUUACAGACACAGGUAUGGGUAAAAUAAGAAGCAUGCAGUUCUUAUAAGGAAAAACCACUCAAGACAGGUAUUGAGUCCGAGGACGAACAAGACAUCGGUGCUAAAUUGUACAAAAAGCAUUAGGCGAUGUCCAUCCGAUACUGCUGCCUGCCCAUCUGGCGGCUCCGCAGUUGUUGAAAGAGCCUUGCCAGUGGACGACCCUGUCUCUGGAUGCCGCACUCCCUGUCAGCCAUUCUGAUGAUCACAUACCGCUGUCUUCGCACCUCUAAAGUAGCGCGUAUGGUUUGACAUUUGUCUGGAAGCAGUUCUUGACAUUGUGAACGCAUAGCACCAAGAAAUAUCGGCCGAACCACUGCCGGUAGUAAUGUUCACCAACCAGUUUACCCUCUUUCCCACCCUUCUCAGUUUUCCUCCUGUUGUUGCGCCUUUUGUUGUCCAUCCACUCAACAGCAUGGAGUAUAUGCUGUCGUAAAUUCAGUCACAGAGUUUCUAGUCUAGAUUGGCCAUCGACUGUUUACGUAAAAGAGGAUUUCGAGCACCUCACAGGAUCUGCAGAUGUGGCAGAAUGUUUUUUAACUGAUUUCCAGCAGCGGUGCUUGUUCCAUGUCAGAAAGUACAGAGACGUGACUGGCAGGCCAGCAUGGGUUUUAAACGGAGAGGAGAACCGGCUGCGGACUCGUGGUCCAUGUUGCCCAUGUAUGCCUCAAGGCCACGAUGGUCGGUCAGGCAGAAUGUCUCGUAAGCGAAGGACAGGCGUCUUUUUCGACACAACUAUUGUUCUCGGAAGGAGCACGGAUAAAGAUAAUGGAGAGGGGGAUGGCAAUUUCUGGCUCAUCAUCCGUCGUCAGCGAGCCGUACCACUCGACUCCAGCUUUGUGCAGUCCGCAAUGCGAACGCGGCUCUCUUGGUCACUAAGCGUUAAGGUAAACGCCCCACCAUUGAACCACGGACCCGUCGUCCUGUCACUUGCGAUGGAGAAUAUUCAGUAUCGUAGGAAGGCGUAUUCACGGACGAGGUUACGGAACGUGCUUGUCCCGUCGCGCCUUGAGGUUCAGCCCAGAGCCUUCGCAGCCAGUCGUAUGGCGACCAGCCAAUUUGCGAGUUUCACUCCUAGUUUUCGAUCUUUCGUCGUUAGUUAAAUCUGUUGAAGCACUGAAGUUCCUUCUCGUAUGUUUUUCAAUUAGUUGGAGGGUCUUUGCUGUUUAAUUAUUCUCUUUUUAGGAUCUGAAGUGCAGACAUGCACAUAUUCGGAAGUGGGUUUACCUAGGGAGAGCAAAAUCCGAGGCCUUGGGCUUUAGCGGCACAUACACAUACACGCUUAACGGGAGACGGUCAAGGGCUUUCCGUAGGGCCUGCCAUAAUCCGUUCAUUUUGAUCUCGAGUGACUUGCCACUAUAACUCUUCCGGGUCUGCUUAUUUUCUUUCAUGUUUCUUCGGAAUGUGUUUAAGUCGGGUUGCUUUGUUGCUAGGAGGUCCCUGCUUUAAGGGCACAUAGGUCAGUCAAGCUACCACCUUCUGGGCAGUCCUUCCCUUUCUUGCCAUUCUCUAGACCCCGGGUCAGACCCAGUAACUAGCUGCGAAGAAAAUAGGUAGUGAUUUUGAGGAGAUAAAUUUGUUGCUGAGCAUCUGUGCGCGUUAACUGGUUAUCACUGGCGUCCCACAUACAUAAGCAAGGAAUUUCGGAGAUCAUGCCGAGUGGAUCAUUACUGUCCUCUGCCUUCAUCUUAUUCAUCGGGAACGUUUAUCGAGUUUUUAUGUGCCUGUCUUAACCUCUACCUUUUUAACUGGUUUGGGAGGUUAUUUCUCUCCCAAUUAUCCCUUGUACUUGCAAAAUAUCCAAAGUAACAAUCGCUCUCUACUUUAGAUUGGACACUGCUCCGCAUGUCCACAGUUGGGGGAACGUCCCUUUUAAGCAGAGUUCUGCAUCUUUGCUUUUCGCGCAAAAAUGUGCUCAACCUGCCAGUUCGCGGUGGGCGGUACAUUGCUCCCGGCCAGUUUUACGUCCCCUUUUCUGAACGAUUUGACGAAGAAGGAAAUCGGAGACCCCUACCUCACCCCGAGACUCCAAAGUUCCGCGGUCAGUCCUUACCAGCCUCUUUAGCCGUAUUAAGCCUAUAGCUGAACUUUUCAUUAUGAGGUGAGGAAUUAUAGAAAAUUCACGUGUUUCUAUUUUACAGACCCAAUAAGUUGGAAACCUAGUUUUUUCCACCAUUCUCAACUGAACUGCCAACUUAAGCUAAAUGUUUCACUGCUCCUCUUUGGGGCGACGUAGUGCACGAUGACAUUACCGACAAAGACAAGAAAGACUGUCGGUAAUGUCAUUCUUCCUAUAUUACGCGCCGCUAUGCGACCGCUGGCGGGGCUCGAGAGAGAGAGAGAGCCCUUAGGCACAACGGGAUUAGUGAGUUCCGUAAAGUGGUCGAUGAGCGACCCCUCUACCAUUGCAGUGGGAUCAUCUCUAAUGGGGACACCUUAUUUCACCACAGCCAGCAUGCGUCUCCACUCGGAAGAGAAGUUUCAAAUUAGAGACGUUGUCCGUGACCAUGAGCGGAAGAUAAAAGUUGUCGAACACUCCGACCUUCGCCAGGUUGGCAGUAUACACAGAAGGCGACUUUCACAGGCGCUGGACAGGAUACAUUGGAACCUGGUUCCACCCACUCUGGCCUUGUCAUCUGCUGCAUCUCGAAGGUAGGCUACAGAUACUUCCGGAAUCAGCCUAACAUGCUGUGGACAAGUUGUAUGCUUUGGCUUUCCUGGUGGGAAGUUGACAGCAACGGUUGUGGUAGAAAGGCAAAUGCGCUUGCACUUUCUCAAAGAAGGGUCUGAGUGCUGAAAGAUGUUGUAGGCAUAAAUAAGGCCAGAAAUGAGGUCUUUUCCCUCGUUGUCGCGAAGGACCUUCGUUGCCUUCAGGCAGUUUUAGGUCACUGCUCGCAUGCUUUUCUGUAAGCAACGGAACGCGCGUGUUGUGGCAUAACCCGCCAGCUGACUCACUUUGUAAUACAUCAUUUGCACUUGCAGCUUCUCCGCCCGACCACUUGGUUGAUUAUCUGGCGUUUGUUGAGUUCUCAUUUAUUAUCCUUAAUACUGGUGAAGAGUGCAUUGUCGGUGGCUGCUAAUGAAAUUUUGACAAAUUAUCAAGGUUUCGUACUCCAAGGGGGCAUUGUAUAAUAAGUACACCGACCGGCAUUCCGCUGGACAGAAAAUAAGGGACCCACACCGUUGUGGUUAACUACUUCUUCCAAAAAGCACUGCGAUCGCAGAAAGCCGUUUCGGAGUUGUUGCCCAUUAUCGGUGCUCCAUGGCGUUUACCUUCCGGUAAGUGAACCCGCUAGGUCUGGGACCUCUCCGAUCGAGAGGUCAGGGCUAGGAUAGGCUAAACUUUCGCGAUGAGAAAACGCCACGCCUUCCUAAUGACUGGCAACAACCUGUAGACCUCGGAGCUCUUUGUGCGAGGGUGCCCCAUUACUCACGUUUCCAAUUCAGGGGUAUAAAACGAUGGGGUAUAGGGUAAUCAUGUGGCGGUUAAGGUUCUUGUUGACAUUACAGUGUCCUCCUGCAGCGUCCUUCGCCUCUACGAUCCAGCGCGAGAAGGACCUCCGCACAUUUGACUGCGACCCACUCACGCGCAGUUUAAAGGGAUGUCUGCGCAGCAGUAAAACUGCUUUGAGGGAAGAAUUCAGGAUUAACGGUCGUUCCCAGUAUGGCAAAGAAUCUGGUCCUGGGCUGGCAUAGUGGCACGCCUUUGGACCUUAUCGAGAGCGGUGUUGUCCUCCACAGCCCAUGGUUUCCAUGCCUGGACAGCGUACUGUAGUUGUUUUACUAACCUUAUUGUCCCCACCUCUCACGUGAAUUCUAUCCUCUUAGAUACAUAUUUUAAAAAGGUUGCAGUUGACAUUCACCAGGCCCACUUUAUUAGCCUCCAUGUUUUCACAAAAAUUAUCAAAUCGGCUAAUUUGUUUGCAGUCAAUGUUGACCCUAAUGCAGGACCGGGGAAAUGUCGUUGCUGCUCCAUUUACUGCCUGACUUAUGUCUCGUUGCCUUAGGCGGACUUAUUCUCUGAAUUUUUUAACUUAAUAUUACAGGGUAAGGAGAAUACUAUUCUAUGCGGUGGAAAGUUGUUCGAUUUGUAACAUUGGUUUGCAGAACAAUUAACCGUUGGACACGAUGAUCACGCUGAAGUUAGGUUUUAUACCCAUCGUACGAGAGGGUCUUCUGUUUAGACAGAACAAAUUAUACUGUUUUUAAGAUUGUUUUGAGGGCAGAUAAAUUGCACUUAUUUCAAGGAACUUUUUGGUCAUGAUUGCCUUAGUUCGUCUGUUUCCGAAGGAGAAUCAAGCAUCUUAGUCUGGCAGACCUGCAAUGCCAGAUUUGGCUGCUCAAUUCCUUCCCUCACAAAGUUGCCUUCCUUCUCACCCACCCUCUUUAGACGAGUUACCUCCUCCUACAAAUCCCAAAAUUGCCGACAAGAAGCCCUUCCGGAUGAUCUGCGAACCAAAGAAGAUCUACUGGUGGUGUUCUUGCGGCCAAAGCAAGGAACAACCCUUCUGUGACGGUCACCAUGCAAAACACCUGCAUCCUUGGCCUAACCGGAACGACAGGAAUAUGUUCAAACCAAUCAAAGUCGUCUUUCCGAAGUGCGUUAACUACUCUCCUUUCGGAGGUGUUCGCCUCUGAAGUUGUUUUUUGUUGCUAGUUAGUCGGUGGAUCACAGCUCCCAUAACUGCCGAGAGUUUAAGUUAUUUACGCAGAUAUCCAAGUGCAUCAGGUAUCGAGACUUAGAAUGGUUUAAAGUGGAUCACCUAGGAGCUGCAUCUGGCUCUUGUCGUUAGACAGGGAACGGAUCCUCUCAGCCUUGCUGCACCCCAACUAGUCCAAUGAGAGCUCACGCUUGCCGUGCGCCAGAGCCUGUUUCCCUACCGAAACCCAUGGACAUGCCGAGUAGCUCACGACUUGACUGAAGGGCAGACCCUCGGGUACUUGUCAAUCCGGACCGAUUGCACGACAGAAUCUCGGCGUUCGCUUUUGCUUUGGUGCCCCAGUCUAGAGCUCGCGCGUGCACUAGCACGAUGGGCGAUCAGUCAGACAUUGAGAAGUAUUGUCAACAAAGACAAACCUGAGGUUCGAAUCUGGUCUCAUUUGAUCACUGAGUUAGAUGCUCUAUCAAUGAGUGCUGCCGGCUUCGGUGGGGAUUCGGCAAAAUCGCAUGUGAUAACGUCCGCGGAUCUGUUUUGAUUACACGACAAAAUAUGGUCAUUUUAUUUCGCCAUUAAGCUAUUGUCUACCGCCCUUGCAGAGAAUCACAUCCAUUGUGAGAUCAGCAGUUGAACUUGACAAGCUAUGCUGAUUUUGAGUGGGGCCUGGACUACAAUACUGUUGCGUAUCGACUGUUGUCUCACAACUUCAUUUACGGUAGCAAGCGCUUUUUUCGUUGAAACUUCUAAGUUGCUUGUGGCUAUUUCACUCGCAUUAUAGAUCACUAGCAAAGUUCUAGCACCCUAGCCACCGAGAUUAUUCGCUUAGUCCUCCAUAAUACUUUUCUAGGUGACGUUUGGUCCAAUUCCGGGGGUUCCUUGGUUAUUCCCGAUUCUGAGGUAGAUUUCAUUAUACCGUUCAUCCACUCGUACCAAGCAAUCCUCGUGCCGAAAUCAACCAUCAACAUUAUUAAUGACUGAAAAUUAUAAAUCCAAAAAAGGGAAAAGGAUCACGGGCCUUCGACAAUGGAGAGAUAGAAUAUUAAUUCGAUCUCUUCUACUCGACGUCCUCCCUCGUCUUGUCCGACGUCGAAAUUGUAUAGUCCACUUCCACUCGAGAUCGACUCGUUUUCCGGCACUUGACAAUCUUCCAGGCAACAGGUCCUGAUAGAUUCGAGCGCGUCAGAUUUAUUAGUCAGCAAUGCGUUGACGUGCCGUGGGAGUGGAUUCUCCACUAGGGCCAGUUUUGGCGUUUCACCAAAGUAGUGUAUUUCCUCAUAGUUAUCUUUAAUGCUUUUUGAUGACUAAAUUAUCUUGUCUAGGAAGGAUCGGUCAACAUUCGCACUCUCAGUCACUUUAUGAGAGAAUAAAUUAUUUGAAAGAAGACGAAGGCACGAUCACUAGGGCGGUAGAUUUAUUCGCCUUAGCUUUCGACUUUGAGCAGGCGUUCAUCAUCAUAGAUUGCCAGUGCAGCGACGUGUGAACAUUUAUAUCGUUGUGCCGUGGGGGGGGAGGUAACUACGUCCCUGGCUAGGUCUGGUGUGUGCUGUCUGGCCCACAAUGGCUCCCCUGCGUGGUGACGGAGUUUGUACUUCGCGGCAGUGUGAGCUGCGCUAUCUGGCUGCGUGGGCGGAGUGCGUGAUUACACGCAGGCAAAUCAAUGUGCCUAUUGAUAGAAUUGGUGUCCGACACCCACGCCUCGAACAGUUCUCGCCCCGUCUUGCCGGCUCGCGCCAAUAUCCGCGUGCUGGCGAAGUCAAACUCAUGGCCUUCCUCCAGCGUCUGAGUGGCGACUUAAGAUAAUGGGUCGUCUCGCCGAACGGCCCGUUUGUGUUCAAGUAUUCGUGAACUGAGACGUCGUCCUGUUUGGCCUGUGUAGUGACAAGGACAGUUAUAGCACGGGAUUUGAUUGACUACGCCCGAGUGCUCACCUGCCUUGUUGCGCAAGAAAGGCGCGUGGAAUGUAUAGUUUAAUAUAAUGUAAGCAUGAUUGGAGGAAGCGCAUACGGAGGAGUUGAGCAGUACUUUUGUAGGUGGCCAUCAUCAGUACGCCAAGAAUCGCCUUGGUUGUGUGAAACCUAGUUGUGCAAGGGAGGCACGUAAUUUGAAGCCUGCUUAUCCCCUGCCUUUUUGAAGAACUACAGACUCCAGGCUGAUUACCUCUAUUUGUUUUUUAACCUAGGACUUUUGUGCCUUUAACUGUUACUCUUCUAUAAUUCAUUGAUAUUUUGGCAGAUUUUGACUAAUUCAUAUUGACCCAACUGUGAAAAACUCGGCGCCUCGGUGGGAUUCGAACCCACGCAGUAAGGGGAAGGCUUUAGUACAGCCAACGCUCUAACCACCUGAGCUACGAGGUCAAUAUGAAUUAGUCAAAAUCUGCCAAAUUAUCAAUGAAUUACGCGAGCCUGGUAGUCAUCUGGUGGAUUCUAGGUGAAUUACUUAGGAAAUCCUGCUUGGGCAGUCAACUUACUGCAUCAGAUUUGGUGGAUUCCAGACGUUGCAGUAGGUUGGGCGGGUAACUUGACCCAAGUGUGAUUAAACUCGCGUCGUCCGACGGGAUCUCGUAGCUCAGGUGGUUAGAGCGUUUGCUGCGCUAAAGCCUCCCCUUUACUGCGUGGGUUCGAAUCCCACCGAGGCGCCGAGUUUUUCACAGUUGGGUCAAUAUGAACUCUUCUAUAAAGAAGAGAUUUCCUGCGAACAUACUUGAUCCCACAUGAGAGGCAGUAGUUUUUUUUCCUGAGCAAGUUUAUCCUAUUCGACACUUCUGUAGGAUCAACUUAGCAGUUUAUGUUCUCCAAAAGCACGUUUAAAGACAUCAGAGGCAGUGGGUCUGCAUGCUGAAACAGUGUAUCCUUGUGAGCCACCGCCGGCGAUGUUGCGAUCUCUCAGUCCACGAGUAACCUGUCUAAAGAAAUGAGCCAUUUUUGAUACACCUUAUAGGAUAUGGUAUGCUCUGAAACUUUUGAUGCGUUGAAUCCAAUGGCUUCCGGAUUUAAUUUGCUGCCCUCACUUCCAGUGUUGUACGGGCUCCCCGGCCAUGUUGUUAUUUUGGCAAAAUAAAGUUGCAACUCAAGUGAUAUAUAUCACUUCAUAGUUGCAUAAAGCCGGCGGUGUUUUAAAGGAUGGAAAGGUUUUACGUGCUCGAAAAUACGAUGUUAUUUAAGGAGUUUGUUUGGGGAUACGCGCAGUCACUGUCCAUAGAAUGACAAGGGAGCUUCAUGUGAGCAUCGAAGACAAUGGUCACUGAGGACAUUUUCAAUGGCUGACCGGUAUUUCAUGCUAUCAGAUUUAUUGUAACCGCGUAGUAUGCGCCGAAAACCAUGAAACGUCGACCGACUUUUUUAAAAUACGCAUUCACCGGGGACUUACGACUUUGUUGAUGUUUAGAGCUACUUAUCAGAAGACAUAGUCCAUAGUUUAUUCACUUUUAGGCAUUUACUGCUUUCAUUUUACAAGAAAUUACGUCUCCUUAAAGUAUUAAACACUAGGCGGUAUUUCUGCUUUGGGCGAUUUUGAGUCCGACACAGGGAUAUGGAUCCCCCCGUAAUAUAGAUCGCCUCACGGUAAAUUCCGGGGAAGUGCCUUUUCCUAUGUCCUAACUUUGACCCCAACUCCCAUGGAAUUAAAGGCAAGGUCACCUGUAGUACGGGGAGGUUACGUGUUCACAUACCUAACCACAUCUUGGACUGAAACUUAUGCUUUCGCUGCAUUCUGUACGUUUCCACUGAAGCAACUGGACUAACGCUACAUAUGCCUCUAGGUGGAAUUCCUCGUACUCAUAGAAUGUUGCAACAGAUGUAGAUUACGCUGCCCGCUUUGUGGUCAGUCCUCAUAAUCCCGUCGUUAGUAGUCGCAGUAGACUUUCCUACAGACGUCGAAAAGGUCCUCCCGCUUCUCUGGCACAAAUUUGAGGUGAGGAUUGAACAUGUAAUCCCGCUGAGGAAAUAGAGCACAAGGAUACCUGUGAUAUGGAAUGUUAAUCUCAAUUUUCUCGGUAGGGCAGGCAGGCCCGACAACUAAUGGGAUCUGUGACAGACGUUAAAAGAGCUCACAGUUCUGCCAUGUGUUUGUUUUAUUACUCCAACGAGGUGUCGCAACAGACGGCACAAUUUGUAAGGUGCGAAUUAGGGCGUGUGAACGGACGAAAAAUAGGUUAUCCGCGAUUACUUAUUAAGGGAGGCCAAACCGGGUAAACAAGUAUGUGGCAGACAAUUUUAACUAACAAUAACCCCAUCCCGAGUCUUUAACCUAACUGAAAUCCUAAGGUGCCUAUAUAAAUGAAAUAAGUGGAUAUGAUACUGUAGUGAAGACUCCUGGUUACAUAGUGGAUACCAGAGUUAAAACGAGUAUAGCAGAAGAAUUAAGGUUUUCAUAAGUAAUAAAAAAUCCACGAAGAAAGUGCACAUUGCUUAAGUGAUGAUUUUGCGGCGUUAUUUACACAAAUAGGGGAGAUGCUCACUUAGAUGUCAGCAUGUCACUAUAGGAAAUAAACUAAUCUAUUUCGCUGUAGACGUCCAGGGAAUUCUGCUCAGUAUUUAAUGCGUCUUGUUGCAUAUGGCAUGCAACCUUGUCUUUUUAAAGAGAUACUCGAGCGUUUAAGUUGAUGCCUUACUUAUUUCCGCAUGCGUUGUCCACUUCGACGACCGCUCUUGUAAUAAUUUGUGUUUUUUGCCUUGCAGGAAAACCGAGGUCUGGUGGUGCCGGUGCAAGCAGACCAGCUCUCCUCCCUUCUGUGACGGAAGCCAUAACUGCGAACAAGUACAGGCCGCGUUCAAAUAUUAA